AUGGCUCGAGCAAGAACCUCUCCUGUCGCUCAAGAAGCUCCUCUAACAAACCAGAGAUUAAGAGCACAUCAAGAGAAUGAAGCUGUUCCUUUACAGGUAAAAUAUGUAUUGUUGAAAGAUAGAAACUAGUUACCCGCGCAGACCAGAGAACGCGGGUCAUAAAAUAAAAAGUAAAACUAACAUUGAUGUUUAAUCCAAGAAGUCUUAUUGCUGACUUCGAGUCUAUUUUAAUAUUAUUUACUUGCAAGUGCAUGGAAAUUUUGUAAACAAGCGUUAUAUUUAUCAGCAAACGAGAGAAAGAAUCGUGUACAACGUGUAUAACAAUCAGUAUUAAAAUGCCUACGCAUUUUUUUAAAGACUCUUCAGCGCAGCGAUAAAGAAGAUAUAUCUCGCAAAAAUACACCAGCCCUGUAUCAAGAAAAUGUUCACAAUUUCCUCAUAGACAUGGCUGAGAUACUGUUCAUAUCGCUCCAACAGACGAAAUAUCUACUACCCGUUGCGAUUGAUAUUAGAUGAAGUUGUUGGUCGGUCGGUAGUGCGCUGUGAAAGAUUGGGAUUUGAUUGUAUUUCAUAAUGCUCUUGAAACUCUGAUAUGUUUUGAACCUUUUAAGAGUGUUAUUACUUUCCCCGAAGGCAGGUUUUUGUUUUCAUUCAAAUUUAAAUCGAGACAUAAAACCGUCAAGUCAGAAAAAUUUAUGUAUACUGAUAUUUAAACACAUUUUCUAAGACAUAAAGUUUUAACAAAUUGCGAUCAAUUUCAGUGGAGAGAAACUUUCACUUAGCAAAGGUUUCAUAGACAUAAUGCGUGGGAAAUUGAUUUUCGUCUCAUGAUCACAUGAAAUAAAUUGACACAUAGGUAAAACAUUUUAUAUCUGUGAAAAAAAAAUUAAAUAUUAAACUUCUUGUAGGGAUAUCGAUUUUUCAGGUCCCCUAUUGGUAUGAAAAAAAUAUCUGCCUGACAUGAAAUGUAUUUUAUCCUUGCCUGUUUUCAUAAAAAAUUUCUUUCAUCGUUAUACCGAAUAAAUAUUAUUUUUUUCGCCUCUAAAUACAAAUGGAUUUGCACCUUUUGAGCACUUGCAGACAAGAAAAAAACGGAAAUUGAGUAUAUGUCAGUGUAAUACGCUUACGACCAUUAAAGUGGCUUUUAUCUUUGUAAAUUAACCAAUGAAAAUAAAGAGCAGGGCUAAAUUGAGGCUUCCCAGCUGUUUUGCUUUUCAAAUCCUACUUUACUUUUUCCUCCUGGAGAUAAUUUCUUUAAUUAUUCACAGAAUUCUGGCUAAAAGCAUUCGCUUAUUGUUGUGAGAGGAAAAAGAAAUAAGGAAAAUUUAUUUUCGUGGCCCAGAUAGAAAGCAGUUUUACGGGACAAAAGUGAAGAAAGCAAAUUCGCGUUUUGCAGGUGAGAUGCCAAUUGGCGGUAUAAUUUUUGCUCGCCAUCAAAAUUCGCCUUAAUUUUUAAACCGGAGUACCAUUGUCUACUGGUUUUCAAAGAAUAUCCAAUUUCGAAUAUUAAGUUAAUGGUAAACAAAAGAACUCACAAAGCCGAGUUCUGAAUGGAAUAAAGCAAGACCCACUUUGCAAUGUAAGCAAGUCCAUAAGUGCUUAGUUGAAAGACCGACAGUUCGAUUUGUGUGAAGCCAUUGGUCAACAGUCUCAAUGUAUAUUCAAUUAAUGCACAUAUUGAGCAGUCUGGCUAUAUUGACUGGGUUGCACAAAUGUAAGUAUUUGUCAUCUGUAUGCCGCAGCUGUCACUGACUUUUUCGAGGUUUUAAUUUUUUUCACUUAAUUCUAUAUCAGGCCUCAUCGAGCGAGAGCCAAAUAUUUGACGACCUGGAGCCGGAUUGUGAAGCGAGCGACCAAGAUCGAGUGAUUGGAAUUAUGGGGGAUACCGCGAAGCGAUUUUCGUCGCUUCUAACAGUGAUUUGCCGCACGGCUAAAAGGUCAGCGAACAAGAUGGCAAAAAUACGAAAGAAAAAAAGUGGUGGAGAAGAAAUCAACAAAUUGUCCACGACAAGUGAGGAUGUUGGAAGUCCUUGUAAGGCUCGUUCGACUAACAAACCGGGAACAAGCGAGGACGAAAAAGGUAACAUUAUUUUCCAUAGCUAGUCUGAAUUCCUUGAAAUUAUAUCCUCCUGUUACGGUUUGAACGGAUGCAUAAUUCCUUGUAAUGAAAUCCUCUUGUUACGGUUUGAGCGGAUGUAUAAAAUGCUAAAAUGUUCUGCUGGAAAAAUGCCUUUAAGUCAGUAGAAAUGUUGAAACAUUGUGAGUAGCGAAUAAUACAGAGAGAUAUAUUUUGAAUCGUGGGAAAAAAAGGUAAAAGUUUAAAGCUCCAAAUGUAUUUUUUUUUUAUUAUUCCACCAUUCUUAUGGUCCUCAACAGGAAGAUCUGUAGCAUCUCCGCGGAGCCCUGAAUUGCUAAAAUUAUUUGCUCGCGCGAAAUUUUCCGACCUCAAAACAAGCUCACGGUAGAUUUUAAUACUUUUUUUAACACCACUUCCACAGUUGAACAACACUUUAAUGAGACUUAUGAACUCCAUCAUCUCCUCGGUCAAGGUGGAUUUGCAGUUGUGUACUCCGGAACUAGAGUACGUGAUAAUCUACCAGUAAGUAAAAGUCUUUUCUUUCUUUUUUCCUUAUCAAUCCAUUGUUAAUUUCAAAUUUUAUGCCUACAUCAAGUUUUAUCGCAACCAAGGUUUAUUGCUAAAACCGCAAGAACUCUCUUAGGCACAUACAAGACUCAUUUGAUAAAUUAUUCUGGAAAGAUUCUGCAGAAUUAUUUCGAGGCGAUCGGACUAUCGAAGCAAAUGUUUCAUUGAUCUGAAAUUUAUCCUUAGAUUGAUUCUAACAGAUUCUUUGCCGACUCUAUUCACAUCUCAAAAAUGUUUUCUGUGAUUUUUGAACUUUUCGUUCUCGAAAACAAACAGAACACAAGUGAAACCAAUCGAAAGACAGUAGCUCAGUACGCAUUUCCUAAUAUUUCAUAAAGAUAGCGAUCAGAUCAAAAAACCCAGACUGGGGUUCGCAAGGGUGGAGAGGACUUCUCGCAAAAAGCAGCACUCGCCACACUUAAAACCAAAGAAGACUUUCGCCUUUUAUUGACGUCAAAUGUGAAUGGAUUCCAUAAAAGAGUGGCAACUUUUCUCAGCGGCGUGUUAGCUGCCGAUCAAAUUUGGCGAGUGAGACUGAAUGAAAUCUGAAACUGAAUCAGUUUGAAGAUUCCAGUUGUUGACCAUUUUCUUGCUGCUAUGUAUUUCAUUGCUUUGAAUUGAAUAACAUCGGGACCAUGCAAAUGGAGCAUUUCUUGCCGAAAACACGUUUUUAUAUUUCUUAGUUCGAUUUUCGGGAAAUUUACCUGCAAGUUAAAAGCGAAGGCUAACCUAUCUUAUCAGUCAAUGUUUCAUCGGAACAGGAUCAUUUUUUUUUACCCAAAACAAACGCACCGGAAAAAACGAAAAUAUUUGUAGAAAUGUUUUGUAGCCGCAUCAGCACCUGUCUGAAAAAUAAAAUUGAGGUGACUCAAUCUCUUAUGUGUUUGCUUUCGAUCGAGAAGUAGUAUGAAUUUCAUGAAUAAGGUACCGAUACGAGACAUAUUUGUUCCAGCUAUGGGGCAAGAUAAGGUAAAUAGACUUCCUAUGUUGCUGCCGGUCAAUACAACAAUAAUUUUAUGCCUUUUAUCAACCCCCUUAGGCGGUAAUAACACCGGAUUCUGUAAGAAAUACGAGGACAUUUUAAAAUGAAGGCUUCUGCUUAAUAAUUUGCAAAAAAGCUAUUGCACUUAUUGAAUCUUAGACCUCAAACAGUUUUAGAAAUCCAAAUCAAGGUUUUGAUUCCAUGUUUCUAAAAGAGUCAAUUUCACACCGACUCAGAUUUUAAUAAAUAUAUGUAUUACUUCUGCUAAAAAGAAAUGGAUCCUGGUGUGAAGUUCAUUCUAAUCAUAUUAGAGCUUCUUAAAAUGUUUUUUUUUCUGCAAAAUCUCCAAUGGAGGAUAAUUUUACUUUAUAAUGGCUACCCUGAACUUUUGUACGGACAAUUACACUUAAAAUUCAGCACUGAGUUUUCUUCGAAUUUAAAACUCUGACAGGCACUCAGCUGGGAGCUCAAGGAUAAGAAAACGUUUACUAGAAUUUAAAAUGCAUUGGCUUUCAAAAACAUUACAAAAUUUACCAUUCAGGCUUUGCAGAGGUUUUGAAGUUCCCAAAAAAAUAAAUGCCUUAAGCUCAUCAUUUUCAUUAAUCAAUAAAGGUUGCUGUCAAGGUCAUUCCCAAGAGCAACGUGUACUCGUUUGAGGAGGUAAGAAUAAACUACAAAUCCUGUUUACAGUAAUUAAAGUACCGGAUUGACUCUCCUUUGUCAAACGUUCCCGGCUGAAGCAAUUACCUAAAAUCCCACGAUUUGUUGGUGUGCAGCCCGUCAAUAGUAUUCGAUGGUAUUUUUUUAGAUAUAUCGCCCCAAAAGAGUAAAAAUUAUUGGUUGCUCGUGUUGACACCUUUACUCCUUACUGUGACAAAAGGAGAAUUUACAAAAACGUCAAUUUUCUUUGGCAAAAUUCUAAGAAGUAAAUUGUACUAUGCAAUAGUUCUAUCGAAGGAAUUUCAUUUGAAUGGUAAUACCAUAUGAUUUAAAAGAAAAAAUGACAUACCAUCUGGAAAACUGGAAGACAAAAAUUGCACCAUCGUAUCAGUGUGCAUGGUAAUAUGGGUAACUGGCCGCCAAUGGCGUAGCGCGCGAAUGACGUCAAAAUGACUAAUUUGCAAUUUUUGUUUGAGUUUUGUCAUUUUUCUCAUUUUAAUGACAAAAGACAGACAAACAUGACAUUUUGAUAAGAAAAGUCAGACAAAAGUAAGGAAUUUGUUAAUGUUAAUUCCAGUUUAUUUGUCUGAGUUUCGGGUCUAUAAAUAUUAACUGCGCACAGCGCUAUUCUUCGAUGCUCUUAUCUGUCACUCUAAGUUACAAUAUAGGUGGUUUUCACGUUACGUCAUCGCCACCAUGCUGGUGGACGGUAAACAAAAGAUCGCUCAUUAGCUCGCUUUGUUUGUCCACCAGCAUUUGUUCAUUUCACCAUUGUUAUUUAUAUCUCCCGAGAUUUUACGAAAACCACCUAUUGGGCUGGCUGUGGAAAACCAGUCAUAAAAUGUAUAUUUUCUGUUUUGAGUCAGAAAAUGCAAGACUUUGCCCAAAAAAGUUGAGUCAAGUUUACUUUCAUGUGACCUGCCUGUUGUGACUAAAUCUGGCUUACCUUGUCCAGGAAAAUGAUGUCACAAUCCCGACGGAAGUCUACCUUCAUCGUUUUCUUGACCAUCCAAACGUCAUUAAACUGUAUGACUUCUUUGAGCAUGCGCAGGCUUACGUCAUGGUGCUAGAGAGACCGCUGUACCACAGAGACCUGUUUGAUUACAUCACAGAAAAGAGGCGAUUAAAUGAGAACGAAGCAAGAAGUAUUUUUCUUCAAAUUAUCGAGGCGGUGAUGUACUGCGAGUCUAAGGGGAUAUUUCAUCGUGACAUCAAAGACGAGAAUAUCUUGCUAGAUACUAGAACUGGCCAAGUCAAGUUACUGGAUUUUGGCUCUGGUACUGUUCUAGAGAAUACACUAUAUACAGAUUACGAAGGUAAGAAACCAUACAAACUAGUGGGGAAUUCUCUAUGAGCAUCUUUCAGAAAUUUGCCUGUCAUAGAUCUGGCGCUUUUACUUCAGGAAAAAAAACCGUAGAAAAAUUUGUGGGAAAAUUACAAACAGGACAGGGUAAGUUCUAGUCUCCCUCGCAGCCGUUUUUUGGAUGUCACGUAACGCUCCCCCAAAAGAGGGGAGGUUGGGGGGGUGGCGUUGCGUGACAUCCAAAAAACGGCUGCGAGGGAGACCAGGUAAGUUCUAGCUUUAGAAACUAAAGUGUACAACUCAUAAACUUUUCACUGGGAUAUUUAUACUAACAAUGAAAUUUGACAAAACUGAUGUAGUCCACAAAGUGGAACAAACAGGUCACUGUUUCGGCUGUAGACGGUUACAGACGGCAACCAAUCCACUCAAAUUAUCCAUUAAACUCACCUCAGACCUUAUUUUCACUUGCAAAUGUUUCCUCCAGGAACGCGAGCGUACUGUCCGCCAGAGUGGUUUCGUUUCCAUCGUUACUAUGGCAAGCCCGCCACUGUAUGGUCACUUGGUAUACUGCUGCAUAAUAUGGUCAUGGGAGAUGUGCCUUUUUCAAACGAGGUGGAGAUAGUGCGCGCAGAGUUGAAUUUCUCCGAUGACGUCAGCAAAGGUGGGUUAUUUGCCAACCACGUGUUCAGGUUCUUCCCCCUUCUUUCCUCGGAAAUUAAAGGGGAAAAGUGAGGACCCCUAGAAGUAGAGCAGGGGGUGGUGGAAUCGUGUUAUCUACUUCUCGAUGGUUAUUUACCACUGACAAAAUUUCCGGAAAUUGUAGUGGAAACCUAAGUGGAAGACUACUUUUAAGGUCAUUUCAGUGAAAAGGUUCCACAGGCAACGAUGGGUCUAAAGGGGUAGUCUUAUUUUCCCUUAUUUUUACGGAAGUUCGUGUCCCAUUCCGAGCAAAGGUGGCACAGUUGGUUAGUGCUUGGCCUUCGGUGCGAGGGGUCCCGAGUUCGAUCCCCGGUGACAUCACAUCCUUGUUUCAACUUCUCUCCUUUCUGUGUAGCUUUAACUAGCUUUAAAUACCCUUAAAACGGAACAUUGAUGGAGAGAGGGCGGGGGGAGCGCACCGUCGACCUCAACUUUAUCAGUUAUUACUGUCACGAGGUUAUAGAAGUAAAAUAUGCAGGUUGCUUUACCUUCACCAUAACCCUUACUUCUUCAAACCUAAUCUUUGAUACCAGUUUCUGGCCUUUCAGGCCAUUUUUCUGAAAUGAGAGUGCUAAUAAUCCUUUUCUGGCACUUGACUUCCUUCUUUGCUCGGGUAGCUAGUAUCUACUUAGUUCUCUUACACUUUGCAAGUUUUUAUGCGAUGCCCUUAAACCAUGUAUCCCUCAGGCUCAGUAACUCAACAGAUUAUCUGUUUCUUUUUCUUUAGACUUGCAAGAUAUUAUGCGAUGUCUGCUAGCUAAGCACCCCUCCUACAGACCAACUCUAGAAGAAGUUGUUCAGCAUCCCUGGCUUCAGCAUCAUAAACACAAAUCUCGAUCCUACCCUGACAGGAGAGCUUGUCAAAGCGCUCCUGUCCCGGUAGAUCCUAUUGUAGACAGACGAGAGAGACGCCAGAGGCAAGGGAAUUCGGUUUUAUGA